CGGGAAAAGAAUUUAGGGUCGAUUUAUCUGUUCGACUGGUGCCUAUCAUUUUCGCAUGGCUCCGUUGCUUCGUCACUUUCUUCGGUAAUAGUGUGACCCCGAAACCCUUGACAAACGACGCAAAUGGUGGCAAUCCAUGCGGUUGGUCUGCCGAGCGAGGUUAUUUUCUCUACCACCCCCAGUUUCACAAGGGGGAGCCCAUAUCAUUACCCUAUGGAACCCCUCGUCCGUUUCCGGAGCCCGACUUGUCUGCCAAGUCUCCUCUUCUCUAGGCCUACAAGGAGAACCAUUCUCUUGAGUACUACGGCGAUUGCGGCGAGAAUUAUCUUUCCAGUAACAUGCCGUCUGGAUCUGCAUGGGCCUCCUUCAGUCCCAUGCACAUCUAACUUUUGGUUCGAUAUUAAAGAGGGCAAUACACUAGUGAACCAUGCGCAUGAUGCUCACUAUAUCAGGAACUAUCGCACUGCGGCCUUUCAUCGGUCUGUGCGCCGCACAGGAGUACUUACCUAUGCUUAUAUUGAUUUCGACAUCUCUGUCAUAUUUCCCCUUGACGUUCCACAAUCUGAGUGCUGUCUUCCUUGCUGGAAGUCAUGGGAUGGCACAAACUAUUGGGCUGUGCACGAUACUGCCCAGGGAGAACCCGACUACGAUCCUUUUGCCUUUGAUGUCGCAUUGCUUGGAUUCCAAUUGUGCCGGUCAUUUUAG